AUGGGUCUACCCACCGCUUCUCUCUUCCCUCGGGGGUCGAUAUCGGAUUAUUUGAAAAACAAGACAUGUCCCAUGCCGGCUCAUCUCACCGAAGUCGAGGAGCCCUUUUUGGGGAAUAUGACUUUCUACCAUUUCAACAUGAUUGUCUCUGGUGCAUGCACAUUCAUCACCUGUGUAUUAAUAUUUAGUCUCAUGGCAGAACAUGCCUGUCGCUGCAGCGUUCCCAGUGAACAAGUCAAGAUUAUGAGAAUCAUCCACAUGCUACCCGCCUUCUCAGUCCUCUCCUUUUUAGCGAUCGCCUUUCCCAACUCAUACGUCUACCUAGAAGGAUGGACAGAAGUAUUCCAGGCCGUUGCGCUGUACGCGUUUCAUAUGCUUCUGAUUGAUUUCGUCGCGCCGACCGAGCGAAAACGAGACGAAUUCUUUCAGAAACUGAAGGUGAAGAAGAUCUUCAGAAAGAAUCAAUACAGGGAGGGUAUUUCCUGGUUGAAGCUUAGCUACUAUUCCACACUACAAUACCCCAUUGUUGUCUUCUGGGUCGCUGUGGCUCAGAGCGUUGCCGCGGCCUUGGACCGUUAUUGUCUUGACUCUAAUAAGCCGGCUUUUGCCCACCUUUGGCUCGAAAUUAUUCAAGAAGUCUCCGUCACAAUCGCGAUCAAUGCCGUAAUUCGAUUCUACCUAAAUACAAAGGAUUAUAUGAAGGAGCACAAACCAAUGUUGAAGCUGUUGUCUUUCAAGCUCAUGGUCGGUCUCAUUUUCCUCGAACAGAUCGCCUUCAUGAUCCUCGAAUCCUCAAAAGUCUUCAAAGAAACCGCAAAACUCAGCUACGCAGACGUCCACAUGGGGAUUCCUACAAUGGUAAUCUGCGUCCAAAUGGUCCCCUUCGCAAUCUUCAUGCGGUAUGCAUUCAGCACAGAUGUCUACCGCGUGAAGAAAUCCGGCGACUCUGAAGAAAAGCUCACAGAGGUCAAUGAGCAUGGACGACCAGUGCCACGGUGCUACCAGGGUGGUCCAUUCGGGUUCCACGCCUGGCUUGCAUACUAUAAUCCGAUGGAGUUUGUUCACGAGGUACAGUCUAUGUACAGGACUCUGCAUCAUGUUCAUGUGCGGGACCAGAAACGCAUUUACAAAGAGGAAGUUGAGGGAGAAAGUGAACCGAAUUCUGUUGAUCAGAGUUCAUCUGGGUUAGAGCUGGUUGCCAAUCGGCAAAGUCCGGGGCAGAGUGGCUAUGGGCAUAGUGAGCCUUUCGAGCAGAUUCAGCUUGCGCAAUCCGAGCCUCUUAUUAAUCAGGUGCAAUACCCAGCUCUGUCGCAUUAUGGACAGGAGAGAUCUGAGUACGCCCACGGGAGUACGGGAGGGGAUGCGCAGUGGGGUCAGGAUCGGGAGUAUAGGCGAGUGUAG